CCAGUCUCGCUCCAGUCGUCCCCAAGUCUGGGAACCUCACCAGCUUCCAAAAAAGCUGAGUUUCUAAAAGCUAAUUUAAAAAAUUAAACAUAUAUGAAAAACAUAUAUAAAAAGUCGAAAUUGCGCGAAAAUACGUUGUAUAUUUACAAUUAUAUGAACGAUCCCAUCUGCCAUAUAGUCAUUUGUUUCUCCACUAAAAAUAUCUCGUACAAAUAGUGCUCGGCUUAAACUCGUAAAUUAGAUUUAAAUUAAACUAGAUUAAAUUUAAAGUAAAUAGAUUUUCGACACUUCGAGUAAGAAUAGAUAAAAUGUCAAAAAUCUCUCUGGACGGCUUUUUUUCCUACUGCAAGUCAAUAGCUGAGCAUAUGCAACUGGGCGAGAGAAUGGCGGCACUUUCCGGACAAGGGACCCCUAGGCUGACCUCCUCCGUAGGCAACCUCUACUAUGACUCCAUCCUGCCGUACCGCGAGGACUCCGGGCCCCAGACACGGGAGUUCCUGGCGCGCGUCGUGGACGUGCUGCUCGACUUCGUGCAACAGGUCAACGACCGCAACGAGAAGAUCUUGGAGUUCAAGAUGCCUGAAGAGAUGCAGAAGUUGCUAGACCUGGAGCUCAGGGACGAGCCGCUGCCGCUCAAGCAGCUGCUAGAAGAUUGCAAGAUCACCCUCAAGCAUCAGGUCAAGACUGGCCACCCCCACUUCUUCAACCAGCUGUCCUGCGGGCUGGACAUCAUCUCCCUGGCCGGCGAGUGGCUGACGGCCGCCGCCAACACCAACAUGUUCACCUACGAGAUCGCCCCCGUCUUCAUUCUGAUGGAGAACGUGGUGCUCGACAAGAUGAGGACCAUGAUCGGGUGGAGCGAUGGCGAUUCUAUCCUGGCUCCUGGUGGUUCCGUGUCCAACCUGUACGCGUUCCUGGCAGCGAGGCACAACAUGUUCCCGCAGUACAAGGAGAAGGGACUUACCAGCAUCCCUGGACAUCUGGUCAUGUUCACCUCGGAUCAGUGUCAUUACUCCGUGAAGUCCUGCGCGUCGGUCUGCGGUCUCGGCACCGACUACUGCAUCGCCGUGCCUUCUGACGAGCGCGGGCGCAUGAUCCCGGCCGAACUGGAGCGGCGCGUGCGCGAACAUAAGGACAAGGGAAACGUACCAUUCUUCGUGAACGCAACAUCAGGAACCACCGUGUUGGGCGCGUUCGACCCGCUGCCCGAGAUCGCUGACAUCUGCCAGAAGUACAACAUGUGGAUGCACGUCGAUGCUGCCUGGGGCGGAGGCCUGCUUUUCUCCAAGAAGUACCGUCACCCGCGUCUCACUGGCAUUGAGAGGGCUGACUCCGUGACCUGGAACCCGCACAAGCUGAUGGGCACCCUGCUGCAAUGCUCUACCGUGCACUUCAAGAUACCCGGCAUCCUGCUGAGCUGCAACGAGAUGGCGGCGGAGUACCUCUUCAUGACGGACAAGAUCUACGACCCUCGCUUCGACACCGGCGACAAGGUCAUCCAGUGCGGACGCCAUAACGACAUCUUCAAGCUGUGGCUGCAGUGGCGUGGAAAGGGUACGUCGGGCUUCGAGCGCCACAUGGACCGCCUGAUGGAGCUGACCGAGUACAUGGUGCGCCGCAUCCGCGAGCAGAGCGACAAGUUCCACCUCAUCCUGGAGCCCGAGCUGGUCAACGUCAGCUUCUGGUACCUCCCGCGCCAGCUGCGAGGAGUGCCGCAUGAUCAGAAGAAAGAGAUCCUGCUUGGAAAGGUAUGCGCCAAGCUGAAGGGCCGCAUGAUGCAGGCCGGCACCAUCAUGGUGGGCUACCAACCGGACGACCGCCGCCCCAACUUCUUCAGGAACAUCAUCAGCUCGGCCGCCGUCACAGAGAAGGACGUGGACUUCCUGCUGGCCGAGAUGGACCGGCUCGGGCACGACAUCGUUGUGGACUAAACUAAAC